AACACUCCAGGAAUGUAAACAAUGUGACCCGGAAGUAAACUCCCAAACACAUGGUCUUCUGUCUCAUUGUGUCAGCUGAGUGGAACUGUUGUAUCGAAUAUGGCCACUGCCGAUAAAAUUGAUCAAGAAGUUGGAAAGGUGUUAGCAAAAGCAUGCAUCACCAAGGAUAUGCUGGAACAGGACCCCUGUCACUUGCCAAGGCUGAAACCUACUGAUUUCACGAAAGGCCUGGUUGUGGAGCUGCGUAAAGCACACGGUGUCUCUUCUAUGCACCUGGCUAUGCAGCUGAAGUACCUUGCACCAUUGGAAUUAGUAGCCGACAUUGAAAAGUGCAAUGAAAAAUCACUUCAGAACAAAGCAAACUCUGUUUGGGAGGAGUAUCAAAAGCUGAGCAAAAAUGCUAAGAAACAUGUUAUGUCAGACUUCUUGAAAGCAGAGUUUCAACUUCCAAAGCCAAGGUCUGCAACAAAAGCCUGCAAGUUAUGCAAGAGAAAGUUUGAUGAGGAAGAGCAGAGAGAGUCAGAAACCAACAUGGCUGAAAAGAGAAGGGCAGAUGAUGCAGAACCUAUCACAGCACAGGAGCCCAAAAAGGCUAAGAGUGAUGGCACGACACAAGACGACCCACACUGGGCUACGCCUCUCUCCAGUUUCCAAGACUUCGAAAUGAUAAAAAUCUUGAACGACCACCCCAAGAAUAAGAGUGUGUUCGUCCAUGGAAAGUUCAAGGGUCACGAGGAAGAAGCUGUGGUGAUCUUGGAGAAGACGCCCUUCAGUGAGGAGACCCUACCAAUCGCUCUGUCAGGGGAGACAAAGCUAAAAGUGGGUCUUAAGAACGACAUCUAUGGGAACUAUCAUGGAACCCCUCCUGCCCAAGUCAAUGGUAUUAAGGUGUCUGUCGUGUAUCCGGCUACUCACAAACACCUGGUGAAGUACAGUCAGCAGGAGACGUACCUGGUUCAGGAGACGGAAGACGACUACAAGAAGAUCACUCUGCCGUUCUUAGAGGCGGAGGCAUUCAGGAUACAGUGGGUAUACAACAUCCUGGAGCACAAGACAGAGUCAGAGAGGAUUGUGUACGAGGAUCCUGACAAGGAGACGGGCUUCAUUCUGCUGCCUGACAUGAAGUGGGAUCUUAAACAGGUGAAUGACUUAUACCUCAUAGCCAUAGUCCACAAGCACGGCAUACGGUCACUACGAGACCUCACAGCUGAACACCUUCCGCUGCUGCACAACAUUCUCAAGAAAGGACAGCAAGCCAUCCAGGAGAAAUUCGACAUCCCUCCAUGUAAGCUGAGAAUCUACCUCCACUACCAACCCUCCUACUACCACCUGCACAUACACUUCACGCACCUGAACUUUGACGCACCUGGCUCAGGUGUGGAGCGUGCCCACCUGCUGACAGAUGUAAUUGAACACCUGGAGAUGAUGACGGACUACUACUCCAAGAAGACGCUGUCAUUUUGUCUCCGGGAAAACGACCAACUUUUGGCAGAGUUCAGGAAGGCUGGAAGAGUGCCUGAAAAAUCUGUUUAAAUGUUCACAUACACUAGCCAAGACCUUUAUACAUUUCUUGUGUUGUACAUGUAUUUGAAAUGGACCAAAUUUGUAGUGUAAUUUUAAUCUACUGAUGAAGAAUUUGGGUAAAAGUUGUUUGACCUCGUCAAAUUGAUGCUUUUAUGACAAGUCUAGACUUGAAUGGUAAUUUUAGCAUAUAGAAAUGAAAGUUUAU